AUGUCCAAUUCCAACAACACGAACGAUUUUCCAACCUCUCCCGAAAUGGAGUCAUUGAUGAAGACUGUUACCAUCAAGACACCAAUUGCAUCAUCAGGAACCAGCGAGCCUUUCACUCUCGGAGGACCUACCCUCCUUCAAGCCAAUUCAUCCUCUUCUAGUAUACUCACAUUGAAAAGGCUUGUGUUGCAACAAGAACAGGAAUUUCAUGUGUUGCCUCCGAUCAUGAUGCCUAAUAAUGAUUACUCAACUCUGACGGAAUCAUCACUUCAACAACUCGUGUCGAGUUUUAGUGGUGCCAGUUCAAGUAGUAAUAACAAUAAUAACAUUUUGGAUUUGUACAAAAUUAAAAGCAAAAUCGGAGAAGGAUCGUUUGGUAGUGUGUUUAAAGUGAAAAUUAAAUCGACCAAGGAAGUUUUGGCUCUCAAAAGAAUUUCAAUGAAUAAUGGAGAAGGGAGUGGAGAUAGUCUUGAUCUUGGACAGAGCACAGGCAUGUCAUCAUCGUUUCUGUCAUCCUCGAAAACUGCCAUGGUCGGAAAGCGAGUGACAGAAAAUUUGAACGAAUUCUUUGCACUGAAGGAGCUGGAUCAUCCGUGCAUUGUGAAAGUGAGAGAAGCAUUCUUGACGUUUGACGAUGAACAGUCGUUACAACAAGGAUCAAUUAAGAGUGUGGCAUAUUCGAUGAAAUUUUAUGAAAAUGGAAGUUUAGCUGAUUAUAUUUACAAGAAGAAGGGAAAUAUAUCAUACAAGACAGUGAAAUCAGUCAUGAUUCAAUUAUGUUUAGUAUUGCAAUAUCUUCAUUCUAGAAAUUUAUUGCAUAGAGAUAUCAAACCACAAAAUAUUUUCAUUGGCACUUUAAUCGCUUUGAAAAAUUCAUUCAUUCCACACAACCACAUUGAUCCAGCACUCAGCUCUGUAAUUGUUAUUUUGGGAGAUUUUGGAACGGUAAGGAAAUUCAACGAAGGAUCUCUGAUCAGCACCAUGGUGGGUUCCCAGUUUUACAUGUCACCUGAGGUCAUGUAUGGAGAAGCCUACCAAUUGGAUGCAGAUAUUUGGUCUAUGGGUGUCAGUAUCUAUCAGUUGGCAACUGGAGUACCCAAACCUAUUGCAAUGAUGGCUUACAGAAACGAACAUUCCACAAUUAAGAGCUCUCUUGAGACUGCACUCAUUAGUAACACGAUGACUGAAAAUGAAAAAGUUGAAUGCAUGGAGUUGAUUGAUCUCAUCAUGCAAAUGUUUGACUUGGAUCCAAAAAAGAGGCUCUCUAUUGAAGAUUUACUAUCAUCCAAACCUCUCAAGCCAUAUGUUAACGAAGUACUUCUCAUUCUCUCACAGUAUAAUUUACAAAUCAUGCAAGAAGGAAACGAAAAGCUGCUGAAGUUGGUUGAUGAUUUACGGUUUAACAUUGUCUCAAAUCAAGGAAUGAGAACUACCAUGCGAAAAACAGACUCCAGCUCAUCAUUUUCUCCAUCAUCUUCACAGCAAAAUUUAUCAUCAACAGCUACCAGUGGUCGAUUAUUACUGGUCUCGAGUUGGUGGAGUUCCAAUUUGAGAAUUUUUUCAAUUGAUGAAAAGAAAACCGGGCCUUUCGAUAUUGUCUCUAACAUGCCGUAUUUGUUAGAUCUAAAAUCGGAUUUAACUUGUGAACAAAUAUUGCCUCUAUCUCGAGAUGAAAUUAUUCUAGGUCUCAAUUCAGGAGAAAUAGUCAAGUUGAGAAGAGAUGGUGGCCAUUCUUUCAAGGAGCUACUUCGUGCCAUUGCCCACAAGGAUCGAGUGAAAUGUUUGAAAUUGUUUCCCAAUGUCUUUAAUAGUGUUCUGAAUUUGGACGAUUUAUUUGCUUCAGGAAGCUAUAACAAAUCUGUAAAAGUGUGGAAAAGAUCAUCGUUUGAAUGUGUAAAACAAUUUGAGCAUGAGAGUGGAAAUGUCUACGCAUUAGCUACAACCUAUAAUUUAAGAAAUAAUCAACAGCCAAGUUUAAUUUCCGUCGGAUCUGACACAAGUAUUUAUGAAUGGGAUUUGGAAAAGUGUGUGAACGUGAGGGAUAAAGCUCACAGUGAUGACAUUUACGCCUGUGAAUUUUUAAACCUGUCACAACCACUCCUUUUAACUGGAUCUUUUAAGGAAUUGAAAGGAUGGGAUCAUCGACAACACAAGCCCUCAAUAUUUUUAUCUCAAGCACACUCGAAUUAUAUUAACAAAAUUAUUACAUUGGAACCAAAAAGUAAUUCUUCAUGCCUCUAUAGAGAUGGAAACCAUUUUCUUACAUGUUCCAAUGAUGGUAUGAUUAAAUUAUGGGAUGUGAGAAAAUUACAAGAUGGCACCUCAACAACUUCAAAAGGUGCAGAGAAUGCCAUUCAAACUUUUAAAGUCAAUUUGGAUGGCAUUAAGACACUUCAUGUAAUCUCUUCUGAGAGAGAUCUUGGAGGUGUUAGUACGACCUUAUCAACAACAACAACAACUAGUGCAAUUCAACCGUCGCAGUCAGGAUCUAUUACCACGACUAGUGUAGAAGAAAAUGUUAUUGCGUAUGGAACCAAACGUGGAAAGCUUGGGUUCAUUGAUUUGAAUAAUUUCACCAUGAUCAAAAGCUUUAAUGCCAUUCGAGGAGUGGUUGGACUUGUCGACGUUUCUGGAAUUCAAAUUUUGUAA